CGCACCACUUCUCCCUGUGAAAGGUAAAAUAGAAAGCUUAAAUUUGUGUAUUGAUAAGUAAGAUAUUAAGGACUUCUAUAUUUGUUCGGUAGCUUAAGUUUAAAGACGAGACAAAAUCGGACUAAAAUGUCCGCCUUGACAGCGGAGCCUGUGGAAUGUAUUCUUUUUUAAAACGCUGUUAGUUACUACGGAACAAAAAUAGAAUAUUGUUAAUGAUACAUUGGAUGAUAACAACGCGCAGGAAAAUCUAUACUGUGUACAUUUAACACACCUGAGUUUACCUGUCGCAUAUGCGUAACAGAAACGACGUAUUGAAUUCACUGUUUACUUUCUCGCUAUAUGACAUAUUGUAAUAUGUUUUUCUUUGUAUAGUUAGCUUCGCUACGCUUAAAACAUGAUAAGAUUUUUCAACAGAUUGUUUUAAUUCUGUUUCUUUUUCUUAACUAAUUUUGAGAAGAAAAAACGGUACAAAAUGAGUUUGAGAAAGUUAAAAUUGUUUAAAAUAAUUCAGACUGGUACAACAGAGGCCAUUUUAAAGGCCUUAAUGGAUUACCUUAAGAGUGGAAAGGACCCUAAUAUAAGGGACGAUGUGACUGGAGGGACUUUACUCCAUCUUAUUGUAGAGCACGGAGACCGGUUUAUCACCGGACAAACCGUGUCCGGGGUUUAUAUGCUAGUAUGCAAAGAUAUAGACAUUGACGCUCGAGACAACAUGGGGGAGACGGGCUUGCACAAGGCCAUGCGGAUCAAGGGUGGAUACAGGAUUAUCCUCGCCCUAAUGAGAUGUGGUGCUGACACGGCUAUAAAGAACAACAACGGCCUUGAUGUUGAACAACUUCUCGAAAAAGAGAGACCAGACGGUUGGGAAGAGAAUUUGCACUGGUACCGAAAACUAAAACCCGGUUUGUGGUGUGCAUUGAACUGCGAAAAUCCGGAUCGAAAAUUGGUGGAAACUCUACUUAAGAACUGGUGCCGCGUGACUACUGUAAAACAAGGAAAAGUGAUGAGCAUGAAGUUCCUGGUAGAGAACGAUAUACAUAAAGUGGAUCUCCUACAGUUACUGGAGAAAUAUGAAAACACAAAUGAGCUUGCUCUUGCUACUACAGCAGGGAUGGGGUUCAUCGUAAGGAUGUGGGUCAAACAAGGUAUUAUCAGCAAUAUGGACGUGAAUACAAAAGAUUACUGUUAUCAGUAUCAUUGGUCGGACGCCCCUGUAUCGCCACGCCCAAUCAUUGCAGCGUCCUGGGAGUCAAACAAUUUCGAGGCAGUAGAUGUUAUAAUGGAACUCAAACCAGACACAAGAGUGCUGUGGACUCCUGAUCAUGAUUACAAAAAUCCACCCAAACCAGUGUUCUUUCAGGUUCUUUGUGGACUUGGUGCACCAUAUGAUGAAAAAAUUACAAUGCGGGUGCUUAAAGGAAGUGAUCUCACGGCUCGCGACAGCACGGGUCAAACGAUUUUACAUGUUGCUGUUUCUACCAAUCAGUCAGACUCUAUUUUUAGACAUAUAUUACAGUGCGGUGUUGAUCUGUCUGCACGUGACUGUCAAGGAAGAACUGCUCGUGAUUUAGCAGAAAAAUCAAAUCGUCCAAAAUAUGUUAGACUAAUUGAUGAAUUUGUCAUUAAAUUAGUGAAAGAGAAGAAGUUUGAAACGAUUGAAAAACUUAUUUUACAAAACUAUGAUCACAUUUUGGAUAUGAGCGAGGGCAGUAGAUCAAUGACAGAAAUUGCCAAAAAAUCGAGCACAAAGAAUAUAUAUGAAAUUGUGAAACUGACAGCGCCCAUACAGGCAUAUGUUCGUCGAGUAUUCCAGUCAGUAGACGACGGGGCAACAGAGGACUUAAGGAAGCUCCUUAACUGUAAACGAUACGGAGAAGUUCGAGACAGGUGCGGCCGGACCGUUCUGCAUAGAGCCAUUCUCAAACGGCGAGAAGACAUUAUUUUGUAUCUUUUAGAAGAGUUUCCAGUUCUCAUCAACUCAAGAGAUAGUCUGGACAGGACCCCUUUGCACUACGCACAACUAUUCAUAGAGAAUGCAGACACGGUCAAUCGGAUGACGAAGCUUGGUGCAGACCCAAAACUCUUUGAUGCUAAUGGUCUGACAACAAAUGAUUACAAGAAAGAUGUUUGCGGAAAUCAGAAGUUCCAACGGUUACAAAAGGAGGUGAAAGAUUUCGAUUUAAAUGUUUACCUGUCAGAGACAGACUUCGAAACUACGUUCAAAAGUGCAAUUUCGAGUGGGGAUCUAGAGACCGUGAAAUCUUUGGUGACAGGCCUGAAGAGUUUCGGGGAUGUUUCACGGUAUAGCAGUACCCUCUUUGACUGUCUGGACAGUAGGGCCGUUGAAAUUGCUAAAUUCCUUAUUGUGAAUGGGUUUCAGACCGAUGUUUAUAAGCAGUACAACAAAUGCGACCCAAAUGACCCAAUGUGUGCAAUGAUGGAGUGUGGACACUCUAUGACGUCACUGAAAGAGCGCGCACAGGAGUUGAAACUAGAGGACAUUUCCAGAAUGAUUGAGGCUGCAUCGAAUGGAAAGACACAAAUAACCCGCCUUUAAAAGAGCUGCAGCUCCAGAAGCCAGAGGAAGUGACCUUGCCGGGAUAUGGUCUCGCUUGAAGAUUGUUCAGCAUUAUCAACACAGACUUUGUCAGGAUUUGUUCGUUUCUUUGGAUUCAUAGCAUUUUCUAGCGGUUUCAGUGUAGUUUUGUGAUGACAUUUUAGUUACUGUGACACACCUUUACCAUGACAUUUUCUGUAAUUCGGUCCGAAUAUACAUGUAGAAAUAUUAUAUUUUGUUCAACUUAUAAAAUGUGAAUUAUGGAAACAUGGACAAGAUAAUAAUUUCAAACUCAGCUUUUUUAGAAAUGUUUAUAUACAACGUUUGACUUUGAGAGACGAAUUGACUGUAGUAUAACAUUCGUAACACUAAUUCAAGCACAGCAUGUCGGUCACUUGACAUGGCAUAAUACAUGUAUCGUGAAGUUUAUUAAGCACGAACAUAUUACUAGAAAUGUUGUUAAUAUUAUUGUCCAUGAUAGCCACCUUGGCCAUAUACUGUGCAAGUAUUGAAAAAGAUAUGCAGGGUACCGUUACACUAAUGGGGUAGUUGUACUACUAAAUAGUGGCUGUUGUAUGUAUUGGACGUUCUUGGUAGUUUACCUACGAAAUAGCACAUUCAGUGUUUGUUUUUGUGAACAAGAGAUUGUUUAGGUUACAUCACAGAAACAAACAUGUAUUUUUGAACUUUUCUUUUACAUGCAAAUGAUCAAGUUUAAAAGAAAUGUUUUGCAAUGUUAUUUAAUUGUUGGGGAAUAUUGUUUCUAAAGAUGCUCACAGGCUGUAGGGUUCUUGGCAAUAAAGAGGUUAAGAUUUUGUACUUGUACCAUUUCUGCCUGUCAAAAUCUAAACCAUCAAUUUAGUUGAAUGUGCAGUCAAUAUAUAAAGCGCGUCUCUAAAUUCUUAAUAUUAAUACUUUACCCGAGGGAAUUUAUCAGCAUAACGAUUAGGACCAAUGAAACUGUGAUCAAACACGGUACCUUUACAAAACAUUGUGAAGAUCUUAUAAAGAUUUAAUUAUAUCUCUGUAUGUGUUCUAAAUUCGUGUUCUUUAAAUGCAUUUUGGUGUUCAUUUUAAUAGGCAUUCAGCUUUUAAUGCUUUACAGCUAAGUUACAUUGUUCCGCUGAAUAUUUACUGAGAUUCGUUAUGUAGCUACACCAUUCUGUCACACAAAUACUGACAAAAUCGCAGAUAUAUUACAUUAAAAUAACUGGUUGUAGAAAAACUCACUAAUUUAAUCCAUAAUCCAAAAGUGAGCAAUUUUCAUUGUAGUACUAGUACAGCAUACGAACACGUGUGUUAGCCGAAAAUUGCAGAAAAAAAGCUGAGUAGAACAAUAAAGACACUUAACAGCUAACUGCUGUUUCUCAUUAUGUUGUGAAUGGAAAACAAAAUAAUAUAAAUCGUGUGCAGUAAAUCAUGCAGUGUAUGACCUUCUUGAACAGGUGUACAGUGAUCCUGGAACAGGUGUACAGUGAUCUGGAACAGGUGUACAGUGAUCCUGGAACAUCCUGGAACAGGUGUACAGUGAUCCUGAAACGUCCUGGAACAGGUGUACAGUGAUCCUGAAACAUCCUGGAACAGGUGUACAGUGAUCCUGGAACAUAAGACAGCAUAUUGACUGUGUAUCCACUGCUAGGUAACGAAUCUGUCUGCUGACAGGCCGGGCUCCUCUCGAACAAAGACAAGCUUAAUUUUGAUAACUUGGAGCCUGGGAAAGUAAAUUUUGCUUUUUCUUUACUAUGAACAUUUAUUUUUGUGUCGAAUGUUGCGCGUAUUUUUCCUGCCUAUGCACAUUUGUAGUAAAAGUAAUAUUGCAAAGUUGUGUGGAAGUGGUUCUUGUCAUGUACAUAAGUUAUGUGGACCAAAAGCAUGGGCCUAUCUUAAGUUAACAUUCAUUUAAGUUAAUCGGUAACAUUUUCAAAUCAUUUCCAAUUAAAUGAGAUAAAAUUAUGAAACUAUCUAGUAAAGUACAUAUAAAUACCAAAUUUAUACUUUUCAGCUUUUUUUGUUCACUGUGUUUACCAAUUUAAACCACAUCCGAGAGAUAUUAAAUGUUAUGUUUUACCGUUGUUGUAGUCAAAAUGAGUAAUCUCUUGUUAAUAUUGGAAAUAUUCAGUGGUAGUUGAUUCUAUGCUUAUAGUGCAAUGUGAAUCAUGGAAUAUAUCUAUACACAUGUGAUUUGUUGACACUUUUUAUCAAAAUGCUCUGUAGUAAAAAUAAAAGUGUAAUAUGACA